UAAAAAUGCCUUCAUUUCCCGAAAGUGGGCUUCAGCCUAACGAAGAGAGAUCCCACACUCUGUUUGUUGCCCCAAUAGUCAACAGUUCCUGGCCAAAUGGAGAAAAAAAUAUUUCCUAUACCAUACCAUCAGGAACUUGGUGGCCCUUUUGCGACUACUGGAAAGACCCUCAACAUAUUCUUUAUCAACUUGCAAAUUUUUGUUUCGUGUUAGCAUACUCUUCCACAUGUUCCAAAAGAGGAGUGCUGUUUAUGCAUUGCUGGUUGAUUUUCGGUUUGUUGCUAUUUUCAACAUGGGCUUGGAAUGUGAUUUGUGCCCCAGACGUCUUCACUUGGAACUUCGCUUUCAUGUUGAUGAACAUGGCUCAAGUCUUCCAUAUCGUGUACCAGCUUAGACCUGUCAAAUUCGAUCCUGAGCUAGAAGAAGCCUAUCACGUUCUAUUCGAGCCUUUCAAGCUUUCUAGAUUACAAUUCAAGAGGAUGGUGAGUGCAGAUUUCGCCCAAAUAAUGUCUCUGCACGCUGGGGAGGCAUACGCUGUUCAAAAUCUGACAAGAACUGACAGGCUUGGGCUUCUUCUAUCGGGAAAGGUGAACGUACUCUCAGAUAAUCAGUUUCUGCAUCCAAUUUUGCCCUGCGAGUUUCUAGAUUCGCCCGAAUUCGAAUCAAGCAGAAACACUGUAGAUGACAAAUUCAAAGUGUCCAUCGUAGCGGCCAGCACCUGCAGAUACCUCUACUGGCAGCGCGCCUCUCUGGAGUACCUCUUCGUCAAAGACACCUACAUCGCUACCGUGCUCACCACCAUCAUCGCCAGAGACAUCGCCACCAAGCUGUACGCGAUGAACAACAAGAUCGUGACGGCCAAAGGGUCGCACCUGGACAUCAGGCUGCCCAGCAUAACAUCUUCACUGGCUUCGGGGGGCGAGUACAAGUCGCCCAUACGGUCCAAGAAAGCCAACGGAGGUCUUGGGUUGUGCUCAGAUACAUAUUCAAACGAGUCGAUCAGGCACAAGUCUCGAGAGAACGGAAACCCAUCUCAGAACUGUUACCAGAACGAAAUGGAACCACUAACAGAGCUACCAUCAACAGACGACCUUACGUCCAAUGACGUGGAAAGCUGGUUGGAGACCAGCUCUAAAUAUCACAGUUGUGAAAUUGUUGACACAGAUUAGCUGUCGAUAACUCAUAUUAUUAAUUAUUAUGUUAUAAUUUUCAUUAUGUAUAUUAU